AUGAAUAAAAUAAAUGAUGCUAUUAUCAAAUGUCCAAAUUCAGACCAUGUCAAUGAUGUAAAAUUAGUAUGUUUUAAUGAAUCUUGUAAAGCAAAUAGAUUAUAAUGCAUUUAAUGUAUAUAAAAUGGAAAUCAUGUUACUCAUCUUUAACAUUAAUAAGAUUUAUCAUUUAUGUUUGACCAUAUUUAAAAUAUUGAUAAACAAUGUGAAGACUUAAUUUCAAAUUUAAAUAAAUAAAUGGAUAUCGCUUAUUAAUAAUUCUAUUUACUGAUUGGAGGAAUUAGAUCAAAAUACCAGAAAUCUGAACAAUAAGUUUUUAACUUAGAUUCUAAAUAAAUGGAUUCUUUCUUUGCUGAAAGUAUUGGAUUCAAAUCGUUUGAAUAAACAAACUUAAUAUUGAUCAAAUAAUCUAUUUAAGAUUUCCAAAAUUCAAUUGAAAAAUUAUUAUUUGAUCUAAAAUUAUCUGAAUUAAAUUAUUAUCAAAUAUCUAAUUUAGAUAUUAAUAAAUCAGAAGAAUUAUUUAAAAUAGGUAAUAAAUCUAUUAAAUUAGGUUAUAAACUAUAUUAGGAUGAUGAUAAUUAUAAAGAAGCAAUUAAAAUAUUAGAUUAAUCAUUAAUUUUUAAUCCAAAACAUUCUCUUUCGUUAUGGUGUAAAGGUAUGGUUAUUAUUUAAUGUGUUAGCUGAGUGUUUAAAGAUGCUUGGUUAAUACAAUGAAGCAAUCAUUUUGGCUGAUAAAGCAUUGUAAGUUGAUCCAAAACAUUGUUAUUCAUUAUAAUGUAAAGGUAUGAUGAUUAUUUAAUGUGUUAGCGUAGAGUUUAAGGAUGAUUGAUUAAUACAGUGAAGCUAUCAUUUGGGCAGAUAAAGCAUUGUAAAUAGAUCCAAAAGAUUGUCUUUCAUUAUGUACUAAAAGUACUAAUUUUUUAUAUUUGAAGGUAACUCAUUAAGAUUAUUGAAAAUGUUUAAAUAAUCUAUGCAAGUGGUUGAGUAAUCUCUUUAAAUCAAUCCAAAUCACUUAGAUUCAUUAUGGACAAAAGGUAAAAGUUUCUUAUUAAUUUAUAGGUGCUUGUUUACAAGAUUAGAAUUAAUAUUAAGAAGCAUUAAUAUUUUAUGAAAAAGCUUUAAAGAUCAUUCCAAAUAAUUAAUGGACUAAAGACAGAAAAGGUAUUAUCUAAAUAAAAUAUUUAGAUGAAUGUUUAAACGCUUUAAAAAAAAAAUGA